AUGGCCGACUCUUUAGUUACUGUUGCUGCCGAGGCGAUCCUGAAAAAGGUAGCAUCCAUAGCUGCCAACGAAAUCGCCCUUGCUUGGGGUUACAAAGAGAAGUUGUACACACUUGAACGGACCUUGAAAAUGAUUCGUGCCAAGUUACAGGAUGCCGAGAAUCAGAAAGGUCAAAAACAUAGUGUGAUGGAGUGGCUGAAACAGCUAAAAGAUGUGGUUGGUGAAGCUGAUGAUGUGGUGGAUGAGGUUCACUACGAAAUGUUGAGGCGUGAGGUGAAGAAUCGACAUCGGGUGGGAACAAAGGUACCCUCUCUCCCAAGCUUGAAAAAGCUUUUCUUUCGUAGUGAAAUGGGUCAUAAAAUCAAAAACAUUAACGAAAAGUUGUCUCAAAUCAAUAAACAAGCAAACGAGUUGGGACUACAAAAUGAACAGCCUGGCCAUGUUGUUCAAUAUCGUCCCUACCCGGAGACAGUUCCAAAUUUAGGCGAAUUCAGAAUUUUUGGGAGGGAGGAUGAUGAGGAGCGCAUCAUACACCUUUUAACUGAAUCAAGAAAAGAAGAAAAACUUACAAUUGUUCCCAUUGUGGGAAUGGGCGGGAUGGGAAAGACCACUCUAGCUAAGUCCGUAUACAAUAAUCCAAAAAUCCAGCAACAUUUUGAUGUGAAAGCUUGGUUGUGUGUGUCGGUUAAGGUUAACAUCAACACACUUCUGGCAAAGAUCUAUGAAUCUGUUGCAGGAGAGAAACCUAAGUCGGAAACAACGGCCAAUUUAGUUCGAGAUCUUGAAAAGAAGUUGGAAGCAAAAAGAUAUUUGCUAGUCCUGGAUGAUGUUUGGGAUGAAGAGAGAUUAUAUUGGGAAGAUUUUAGGAGUGUUAUGAUAAAUGUGACGUCACAAAUUGGAAGUGGCAUAUUGGUCACUACCAGAAAACUUGACAUUGGAACUAAGGCUAUGAUGAUGGAUUCUUGUCCUUUAAAAGGUCUUUCUGAUGAUGAUUGUUGGAACAUCUUCAAAGAGAGGGCGUUUCUAGCACGACAAUCAGCACAACCUGAAUUGGAGAAGAUAGGGCGUGAUAUUGUCAAAAAGUGUCGUGGUUUGCCGUUGCUAUUAAAUGCAGUAGGGGAACAGAAUGAGGAUGAUGAAUUCAAAGCCAAGGUUUUUGUGUUCAUUGAAAGGAAUACAGUGGCUAGAACUUUGCAUACAUUGUUCAUCAAAGGUGAAGUUGAGAAGAAGUUAUCAUUUCAACGAUUAAAGUGCAUACGCAUCCUAAAACUCAAUGGUUAUAAAUUAGAGAAGUUAGACGAUUCAUUUGGAGAGUUGGUGCAUCUCAGAUAUCUUGAUUUGUCAUCUACAAAGAUCCGUGUACUUCCUAAAUCUAUUGGUAAACUAUACCACUUGCAAACUCUGAAGUUGCCUUAUGGUUUUGAGCAGUUUCCAGAAGCAAUGAGAAAUUUGAUAAGCCUGCGGUAUUUCAAGUGUGACCAAGACAUUCCCGCUAAUAUCGUGGGACAAUUGAUUUCUCUUCGAAAGUUGCCUUCCUUCACAGUGCUUAGAAGAAAGGGACAUGGUAUUGAAGAGCUACGCCAUUUGAAUAACCUUAGUGGAAGCCUCUUUAUUUCACAUCUAGAGAACGUCAGUAGCAAAGAGAUUGCUGUCAAGGCAGAUUUAUCUAGAAAGAAAAAUUUAUAUGAUAUUCAUUUCAAAUGGAGUGAGGAAGAUCAAAGCAGCAACAGAGUUGACAAGGAUGUAUUGGAAGGCUUGCAACCCCCACGUGAUGUCAAAAUAUUGACAAUUGAAAAUUUUUCUAGUGAUAAUUUUCCGGAUUGGGUAAUGAAGAUGGCAAUCCAUAUCGAAAGGAAAUGGACGCCCGUUGACAAGCUCAUGAAGAUCACAUUAUUUGGAUGUCGCAACUGCCUCUCUCUUCCAACGCUUGAGCGCCUACCACAUCUUUGGAAUCUUGAGUUAGUAGGAAUGGACAGCUUGACAUGCUUAAGGAGUUCUGAUGUUACUGGAUCAACCAAACCUCUGUCUCCAUCAUUGAGUUCGCUCUGGUUAUCAGGUAUGAAAAGACUGGAAAAGUGGAUAGAAGGAGCAACCAACAGCUCAAACAUGAUAUCGCCUGUCCUCCAGAGCUUGGAGAUUUUUCGUUGCCCAAAGAUUAUUCUCAUAGAUGAAUGCCAUCCCCAUCCUCUUGUGUCCUUAAGGAUAUGGAACUGCACAGGUCUGGAGUACAUUAGGAGCAUACAAGGCCUUACAUCUCUUGAAUAUUUACAUAUCGAUAAUUGCCCUAGUCUUUUAGGAAUAGGCAAUUUUUCUGGUGAUAAUUACCCGGAAUCAGUAACGAAGAUGGCAAUCGAUAUCGAAGGGAAAUGGACGCCCCUUGACAAGCUCCUGUCAAUCAGAUUAGAUGGAUGUAGGAGCUGCCUCUCUCUUUCGGCGCUUGAGCACCUACCACAUCUUCGUGAUCUUGUGUUGAAGAAUAUGCACAGCUUGACAUGCUUAAUGAAUUCCAAUAUUACUGGAUCAAUGAAGCCUUUCUCUCCAUCGUUGAGAUCACUCACACUGGAUGGUAUGAACAGACUAGAAAAGUGGAUAGAUGGAGCAACCAACAGCUCAAAAAUGAUAUCACCUGUUCUCGAGAAGUUGGUGAUUGAGAAUUGCCCAAAGAUUAUUCUCAUAGAUGAAUGCCAUCCCCAUCCUCUUGUGUCCUUAACGAUAUGCAACUGCACAGGUCUGGAGUACAUUAAGAGCAUACAAGGCCUUACAUCUCUUGAAUAUUUACGUAUCGAUAAUUGCCCUAGUCUUUCGGUAAUAGCCAAUUUGCCCAAACAGUGUCACUCUUUAAAGACUUUGAUAAUUAAACAUUGCCACAAACUGACUUCCUUGCCUCUAAAAAUGUUUGACUGUUUUGCCUUCUUAAAUGAGUUGACACUUGGUCCGUUCUCAAAGGGGCUCGAUUCUUUCCCAAGUCUCCAAGGCAUUGAGAAGUUAAGGGACCACCUUCACUACUUGGAACUAAGAGGCUGGGAUCAUUGGGAGUCAAUGCCAGAAGAAAUACAGCACCUCACUUCACUGACUUGGUUACAAAUAAUUGAUUUCAGAAUACAAGAACUGCCUAUGUGGUUAACCAACAUGUCAUCUAUCCGAAAUUUGUGGUUCUAUGAAUGCAAGGGGCUAAAUAAAGAAACGGUUAGACGGGGAGCACCAUGGGAAGCAACUGAUGUCAGAUUAAAUACCAAAGAGUGUUAA